AAUCAGUUUACUCAUGGUCGUAACAUGUCUCUACAGGGACAAGUUAAGUGGCUUGUUCAAACUUGUAAGCUUUUUUUUAGCCUACUCACAUGGGAAGAUGACUUUUUGUGCCUGUGAGCGGAUUUAUUUAUUUAUUUAUUUAUUUGUUUGUUUGUUUGUUUGUUUAUUUCCCAUUUUGCAAUAAUACGUGACAGAAAUACACAUGGUGAAUUGAACUGUAUGUUUAACAUCAGAACAUGGCGUACCAUUUUACUACUCCGAUAUCUGGAGUAUAUGCUAGUACAGUAGAUAGGUUCUGAUUUCCUGUUUGCCAUUGAUUACCACACAAUGCAUUUUUGGUUAAAAAAAGGGGGGGGCGGGAGGAGUGUACUGGAAGUGAAUAUUGCCGUGUGCCUGUAGGCUUCUGUGGAUGAACUUUGACCUCCUGCAACCUCGUCACCUCCCUUCUCUUACUCACGUUCCUCUGUUUCUCCCUCCCUCUCUCUCUUUCAGUUUGACUGUAAGCGCCUCCAGUACAUGCCUUGACAUGCUGAGCCAGAGGGGAGGAGAACAAGGAGGACAAGAAAGACCGGAGAAAGAGAGUGAGAGAAGGAGAGAAGCCGUCAAGGAUCUCCUGAGAGAGGGGGCAAGUGUGCCUGGGUGUUUUUGCUAAGGAGGAGGAAACUCUGUCUGGAGCAGGAGCUGAACAGGAGCAACUUGCAAGAAAGGAAUUUUGAAGAAGGGAAGGAGACAGAGGCAAGAGAGGGAUUGAGAAAAUAUGUACUGAGCACUGCGUGAAUGAGCGAAGAGGGAGAAACACAAAGCGAUUUCUGUCCGUGCGCUACUAUCUAAAGUGCUGGUGGCCCUCUCUGUCAAACGCGGAGAACAGAGGACUGAUUAUCGGGAGAGAUCCCGUACAGAGGGGCACUGCUCGGAUCAAUUCUCUCUUGUUUUCUCCGCGUUUCUUUUUUUUGUUCUGUGGAUUUAGGCACGUGGGUGUGGCCACUGGAGUUCCUCGUUGGUGGAAGAGGGCAGAGUCUGUGCUGGUCUGUACACACGUUGGAGCAGGGUGAGAUCGUGCUUCGCUGCUCCUAGACCCACUCGCACCCUGGCCCCUGGAGAAGGGAAGGGGGAACGGAUCGAAUUCUCUCCCCCCUCCGAAGAGAGGGAAAGGGGUUUUCUGGGAAACAGAGGAGGGCAGAGGUUGCCUCAAAGUUGGAUAAGGAAGACGGGGUCCCCUCUGCGUUCUCCGCAGCGAGAAGCUGAGAAGCCCGGCGGCGCGUCCAGGCGGCACGGUGCAGGAUGGGCGGCGGACCGCGUCCCGGCCGGCUCCCCCGAGGGAGGCGAUGAGCGGCAGCGGGGGCGGCAGGGGCGGCAGGGCGGCCCAGGGUCGGCCCUUCCACUGCCGGGGAUGGGCUCUGGGCAAGCUGCAGCACUGGCUGGGCACCCGUUGCCCGGGGGCGCUGGUGACGGGCGGGCCGGGGGCGGGGAAAACGGCACUCUGCGCCGAGGCGGUUCGGCCCUCGUCCGACGCCGGGUUCGAGGCGGGACUGGCGCCCCGCUGCCUGGCGUCUCACUUCUGCCGACGGGAGGAUGAGCGGAGCGUGGAGGUGUGGAGGUUCGUCCUGGGCCUGGUCGAGCAGCUGCGGGGAAGCCCUCUCCUCCCACCGGGGUACGCCCAGACCCUGGAUACCCCCGCCGUCGCCCUGACCCUGGACCCCCUGCACUGCCAACGGGACCCCGAUGACACUUUCAGAAGAGCAGUGCUGUUGCCCCUUCAGGAAACCCCCCCUCCGGCCCACAGGCUCUGCCUGCUGGUGGACUCUCUGGACUCCGGGUUCCAGGGUGGGGGGGUUGGAGAGGGGAGGAGCGGCUCCAUCGCGGAGCUCCUGUCCAGGCACCACCACCUCUUCCCCAGCUGGCUGCUGCUCAUCUGCUCCGUACGGCGCCAGAACCGGGCCGCCUACCGCAUGUUCUCAGGGUUCCGUAAGCUGGUGCUGGACGACCUGCGGAAGGCGCCGGUGGUGCACGACGUGCAGCAGUACAUCCUGCGGCGCCUGGACCAGGAGGGGGCGCUGCGGAGGCACCUGACCCCGGAGACGGCCGAGAUGCUGAACCUGCUGCACAUCAAGAGCGGCGGCUGCUUCCUGUUCCUGGAGCGCGUGCUGGACGGCGUGUCGCGGGGCCUCCUGGCCGUCCGCGAGAUCCGCCACAUCCCCGGCACGCUCAACGGCCUCUACCUGUGGCUGUGCCAGCGCCUCUUUCCCAAGGGCCUCUUCUCCGAGGCGCGGCCCUUGCUCGACGUCCUCCUGGCCGCCCCGCGCCCCCUCAGCCCCGAGCUGCUGUACCGCGCCGUCUGGACCCGCGACCCCGCCCUCGGCCCCGCCCAGUUCCGCCGCAGGCUGGACGCCCUUUCGCCGCUCCUGACGGAGGGGGAGGAGCAGGGGGAGGGGGAGGAGGGGGGCACUCUCUCCCUUUUCCACGCCAGCUUCGCCGAGUGGCUGCUGGACGUGAAGUACUGCACGCAGCGGUACCUGUGCAGCCUGGAGGACGGCCACGCCCUGCUGGCCAUGUCCCUGACGCUCCGCGCCUCUCAGCUGGCCACGCCCGACAUCUGCCAGCUGGCCAAUCACCUCCUCCGCUCCGGCAUGCAUGCAUCUGACCCCGCCCUGCUAGCGCUGUGGAUGGUGUGGACCGGAGUUCCCGCCGUCGGCGCCGACGCCCCCUCGCCCACCCAGUCCCAGGCCCCGCCCCCCGUCCUGGUCCCGCCCGACGUCUUCCAGCUGCUGCUGACGAGCGGGGUGCACCCCCCGUCCUACGGGUCCGGUUUCGGGGUGCACUGCCUGGAGGGCGCUGGGGGCGCGGUCCCGGGGAAGUCGCCGGAGGGGGCGGAGUUCGUGCGGCUGCUCCUGGACGGCGGGGCGAGCGUGAACCGGGCCGACCCGGCGGACGGGCGCACCCUGCUGGCGGGCGCGGCCCAGGCCGGCGCGGCCGACGCGGUGGAGCUCCUGCUGUCGCGGGGGGCGGACCCCGCGCUGGCCGACCACCAGGGCCAGACCCCGCUGACGCUGGCCGCCCGGGAGGGCCACCUGGGGGCGCUGCGCGCUCUGCUGGGCCGGCGCGGCGGCGACGGGGGGGCGGGGACGGCGACGGCGGCGGCCACGCUGGAGCACGCCGACUGCGAGGGCUGGACGCCGCUGCGGCUGGCGGCCUGGGGCGGGCACGCCGAGGCGGCGCGCCUCCUGCUGGACGCCGGCGCCGACGUGGACGGCAGCGACGCGGACGGGCGCACGGCGCUGCGGGCGGCGGCCUGGGCGGGGCACCUGGAGAUCGUCCUGGCCCUGCUGGAGCACGGCGCCCGGCCGGACCGGGCCGACCGCGAGGGCCGCACCCCGCUCAUCGCCGCCGCCUACAUGGGCCACCGGGAGGCGCUGGAGGCGCUGCUGGCGCACGGGGCGCGGGUGGACGCGGCGGACGCCGACGGGCGGACCGCCCUGUGCGUCGCCGCCAUGUGCGUGCCGUCGGCGGCCGGGGGGCGGGGCCACGCCGAGGUGGUGAGCGCGCUCCUGGACCGGGGGGCGGACCCCAGCCACCGCGACAAGGACGGGAUGACGCCGCUGCUGCUGGCGGCGUACGAGGGCCAGGCGGCCGUGAUGGAGCUGCUGCUGGAGGCCGGCGCCGACGUGGACGAGAGCGCCGGGCUCCGCGGCACGGCCUCGGCCGCCGUCACGCCGCUGCUGGCCGCCGCCUCCAUGGGCCACGAGGCGGCGGUGAGCGCCGCCCUCUUCUGGGGCGCCACGGCCGACGCCAUCGACGGCGAGGGCCGGACGGCGCUCAGCCUGGCGGCGGGGCGGGGCAGCGCCGGGGCGGUGCGCCUCCUGCUGGACCGCGGCCUGGACGAGAACCACAAGGACCACCUGGGCUGGACGCCGCUGCACGCCGCCGCCUGCGAGGGCCACCGCGCCGUCUGCGCUGCGCUCACCGAGGGCGGGAGCCUGGCCCGCGUGGCCGAGCCCGACAACGAGGGCCGCACGCCGCUCGUCCUGGCCGCCCAGGAGGGCCGCCUGGCCGCCGCCCGGCUCCUGCUGGACCGCCGCUCGCCCGUGGACCACCGCGGCUACGACGGGCGCUCGGCGCUGGCGGCGGCGGCGCUGGAGGGCCACGCCGAGGUGGCGGAGCUGCUGGUGCGGCGCGGCGCCGACACGGACGUGCGAGACGCCGAGGGCCGCCCGCUGCUCUACCUGCUGGUGCUGGAGGGCCGGCUGGACGCGGCGGCGCUGCUGGUGCGGGAGGGCGGGGCGCCGCUGGAGUCGCGCGACGCAGAGGGGCGCACCGCGCUGCACGCCGCCGCCUGGCUGGGCGGCACCGCGGCGCUGGGGCUGCUGCUGAGGGCCGGGGCCGACCCGGACGCGCGGGACGCCGAGGGCCGCACCCCCCUGCACACGGCCGCCUGGAGGGGCCACGCCGCCGCCGCCCGGCUGCUCCUGGACGCCGGGGGCGCCGCCGUGGACCUGGCCUGCCGGCGGGAGGGGGCCACGGCGCUCUGCAUCGCCGCGCAGGAGGGCCACGCCGACCUGGUGGCGGCGCUGCUGGAGCGGGGGGCCGACCCCCGGCACGCCGACCGCCACGGGCGCACCCCCGUCAAAGUGGCGGGGAAGAGGGGCCACGCCCGCAUCGUCAGGCUCCUGGAGAGUCACGGGGCGGAGACCUACGCCGGCGUCCUGCCCCUGCCCUCCCCCGCCUCCCCGCCCUCUCGGAGCUCCACCCUUCAGACCCAGUCCUCCGCCAGCUCGGGGAGCUCCGCCCCCCUCAAGGCCCCGCCCUCCACCUCCUCGCUCUCCUGCUCGCCGUCCUCCACCGCCGAGCGCUUGCGCUCCGCCCAGUCCUCCACCUGCCACUCCCUGGCCACCGUGCGGACGGUCCCGGCCGACAGCCUGAGCUUCACCCAGCUCAUCCAGCAGCACUCCCUCCCCCGCAGCCGGCCCUCCACCCUGCCCCCGCCCGGCUCCGCCCCCAACAGCCUGCCCCACCCCCGGGCCGGCUCCCCUCCCGCCGACUGCGGCGCCGACGCGCCCCGCAAGGGCUUCGGCUCCCCAGGGGACGGGGACUGGCCCGAAAUACAGCCCAGGGCCCCGGAGGUGAAGAGCGCCGGGCUGGACAGGGAGGAGCGGAGGCAGGGGAGGUGGAACUCCAUCAUGGCCUCCCUGGGGGUGAGCCCCGGACAGGACUGCCCCUCCAGGCCCCUGAAAAGCAGGGACGGCCCUCUCUUCGGGUACCCCAUCCAGCUGGACGGCCAGGGGCCCCAGAGGGAGGCUCGGGACGUGCCUCGUAAGAGCUCCCUGUCCCCGCCCUUCGGCUUCCCCUCCCCCAGUGCCUUAUCCCCCGAGUGCGUGGGCCCCCUCACCAGCGCGGACCCCCAGCUCAACCUGAAGCAGGCCAUCAAGCUGCAGUUCGAGGGCCCCACCAGCGCCGCCAUAUACAAGCGAGAAACGCCGCUCUGAGGAGGGCGCGAAAGGCGUGGAUCCCCGAGGCGCAGCUGCAGCGUGGGCACCCGCUCCGAGGUCAGCCCGCAUCGCGGAGGGGAGGGGGCCCGGGGGGGGGCUCCGCUCCGCUCCGAGCCUGCCGCCGACCGGGGGAACCCGGGGAACGCAUGAAGAGCGCUCUGUUUACAUUCCAGCGGUUUUCCUUUGUCCACUGGGGAGGAAAGAGCAGCUGUGGACACCCCCUGCCUCACCCCCCACCCCCCCACCCCCCAUGGCCAGCAACCCCACCGACCCCACCACUCUCUGGGCGACAGGACUUAAGUUCAGUUUCAGCUGGGUGUUUAUAUCGUGCUGCAGCAGUGAAUGAACGGGGCGGGGGGUUGUUCCACUGAGGGGUUCGAUGGAGGGGGGGCUGUCCCUGUCAGGCAUUGCUCCCAGAACAGUACGAGUCAGGGGGAGGGGGGUGGGGUGCGUGCCGACGAUGCUGUUGAUGACACGUCUCCAGAGUUUAAUUGUUACUGGGGUCGUUUUUUUUUUUUUUUUUUUUUGCUUCUUCCUUCCCCUCUAAACCUCUGGUUCUGGACCAAACAUUUCUGAGCACAGGUUAGCACUAGGCCCUUAGUUUUAGACUAACCACCAUAGGCGGGACAUUGUAAUGUUGGGGGCAUUACACACUUUUUUUUCCACUGUUACCGAUCACGUGGUGCUGGGGGGGUUGAUUGUCUGCCGUGCUCAUUUAAAAUGUAAAAAUGUAAAACUGUACAAAAAUACAGAAAGAUCAUCUGGGUCAAAUUCUGUUUGAACAAGGCCCUAGAAAGGUUAGUAUGUCACGAGGCCCUAGAAAGGUCGGUAUGUUCCCAGAACAGGUUCAGCUUUGUUUCUUUCAGGGUCAGGGAAAGUGAGAGGCGCUGACAGGUUCAACGGUAAUAACGUUCAGAGGUAUUUAUGGCCUCGACCUGUGCCCGGAGAGGUCCCGACGCCUGCGUUUCGCUCGGAAGACGUUUGCCCGUUAUUUCACCUGGCCGCCGAUCUCCGUCUUUCACGGCACUAAAACCUGUGCAGCAGCCCAGGCCGGGGUUAAGUGGGGGCGGCCCAUAACCCGCAGCUUCACCUGACCUCAGGGUUCACAGCAGGGCUCAUAAAUACCUUCGGUCAGGUCAUGAGAGAGAGAGAGAGAGAGAGAGAGAGAGACGGGCGAGCGGGGGGUUAUCGGCAGUACCAAAGAGAGAGCUGCCAGUCCCCUCCUCGUCUCAUAAACUGAUGUUCCAUACUUAGAUAUUGACAUAUUCAAAUGAAUUCUGGGACUUGCGAGAUGCAACGCAGUGACUCAGUGUAGGAAAUUCAAAUUCUUCUGUCUGUGAGUGUGAGCGAGAGAGUGAGAGAUGGAUGCUAGGAGCCUCUGAGCUGAAAUCACUGACUCAGAGAGAGAGAGGGGGGGUUUAGAGGUAUGGGUCAGAUGUGAGUCAGCGACAGACGAAUGAAAGAUCUGUCCUACCGUCUCUCGGUCGGCGCACAGAUGGCCACGACGGAGUUUGAGAGGACAGGGGGGCAGCGGUGUUAAAACACCGAGGAGAACAGACAAGCCCCCGAAGAAGCAGAAACGCACGCUCUGCGGUACCCCACACGACAACUCACAGGGCUGUCGUGGGGGGUCAUGCCCAAAGUACGCGUCUGUUACAUUACCCCAGAACGUGUGCCUGUUACAUUACACCCCCCCCCCCCCCAAACAAACAAAAAAAUGUAAUAAAUAAAACAAACACGCACCGGGCUGGUGUCUCUGCCUCUGUGCUUAAGGUAGAAACAGAGGGAGAGUGUGGAGCCUCUGGUGGAGCUAAGCUUAAGUGGGGAAAGGUCCGGAAGCUUCGAGCGGACUCUGAGCGGCAGGCUGGUCAGGGACAGGAAUGCGCUGUGACCCCUGCCUGUCCCCACUGAGCGAGAGCGGACAUGUUUAUCUCAGGUGGAGCCACGGUGGAGGACCACAGCUGCUGUGUCAUAGAAUAAAUAUGAUGGUCAUUCGGAUUUCCAAUGGGUGGCUUGUGAUCACCACCAACGUCUGUAUAAUGGUGGAGAAUUUUGUUAUCCCCACCCAUCAAUUUGUAUGUUGUGUCUUGGUGCUGUACCAAAGUUUGCAAAAUGUAUACAGAGAAGCGAUCUGAUUGUUAUUGCAUGUGGAUCAGCUGUCAAAGCGGGUUCACUGAAUAGAAUGAGCCAUCCUGGCGAUAAUAUGGUCAGUGAAUCUACAUAGUUUGUGUAAAAAGGAUUGAAAAGACAGCAAUUGCAGCUGCGAUGAUGGUGAGUCAUGAGGGUUUGAUGAGGAAUGUACGCCAUUAGGCAGUCAAACAUGUCCCCGCCUGCCAUGGCCUGAGCCCGAGUUUGGGCGCAUUGGUUUCCCAUGCACUUACCCUGACCCCGCCCCUCAUUAAAAUGCACACCUGACAUGUGAUCAGAUAUGGAUUUCAGAUAUUUAAGUGUCAAAACAUGUCAAAACAACUGCAUGUCUAGUACAGUGUAUAUGACAGGUGCAUUGUGUCUUUUGGCGGCAGUGAAAGUUGAUGGAAUAUGUAUUCUGUAGAGAGAGUCUUUUUUUGUUGUUGUGAUCUACCAAAAGGAGGUCCAUGCCCACAGUUUUGGAACUGCUGUCGAAGAGCCUUGUGUUGCAGUCAUUCAGCAGUCAUUCAUUCAUCUGGAUAGCCCGUCCCCAGUCACUGAGCCCACUUUAAUAGCCAAUCCCCACACUAUGAAGAUCUGUGGAUCUGAAGUACAGGGAGAGGACCAAACAUACCCCUGAUUUGUAAGGGUUUGCUGAUGUGGUGCUAGAUCAAUAGAAACUAAAUAACGUACAAACGUGGACCUGUGAAAAUUUUCAAAAUGUAUUUUUUAACGAUGCACAGAUAUUUUUGUAUCCUGAAAACAAAUCCAUUCCACCUGCAGGUCUUGAUCAUGCCUUCCAAUCUAGGGUGUCUGUAACAAGACUAAAACUCCCAAGAAAAUCAGGAGUAAUUUGGGCUUGAAUGCCAUUUUAAAUAAAGCUUUAAGUAAACUAUUACGUUUUUUUUUUUUUUUUUUCCUGGAGAACUUGUCACUAAUGUUGGUGUGGUCUGCUGAUGUGCAGUUAUGUGUUAUGAUAAACACGAGCGGUCCGCUGCUGUUGUUCCUGUUUUCCUUCUUAACAGAAGCUACCUGGCUGGUAUCUUGUGGGACAGGUGGAACAGGUUUUUGGCAUGUCUUUCCCAUACCCCAUCCAACCCUCCCCUGCAAGUUUUCAAAAAGUAGUUCAUUUGGAGAGCCACAUAUAAAGAUUUAUGCUAUUUUUUCCAUGAAAUUCUGAAAAAAAACAGUUGCUGUGUACAGUACUUGCUGAUUAUUUGUACUUUUAAAACAAAUCUACAGCUUCUUUUGGACCGUCUGGGUUGUGAAUUACUGUAAAUGUCCUUUUCAUGUGGGAACAGCAAACAACCGUCAUGGUCUAAUGCUACAGGCCCACAUCAGUGCCAUCCUCAAAAAAGGGAAAAAGUCCACCGGUUUGCAUUUUACACCUUUUCCACUGAUACUUAUUUAAAGCACCAAAAAAAAAAAGCCAAAUAAAAUCUACAUCUUUAGUGUGAUUCAGGCUCCUAUAUUAAACCUGAGGCAGCACUGAUGUAACGUUCAGGUGCUUAAAGAAAUUGGACCGAACACAGGCGUCCUUUUGUUUAAGUCGGAAACCAAAGGCCUUUCCUCUUUACUUGUGGGGGUUGGUGGAGGUUGGACGAGGAAAAACAACCUAAGGAAAGUGUAAAGCCAUCUGUUCAUCGUGCAGUCACGCAUUCUGGCUGUUGUGUGGGAAGCGCUGGGACCCGUCCAGCAAAUCUGCGAGGAUCGACAACUGAAACUGACAGCUCAGCGAAGAUUCUAGAACUAUUCCGGGAGACUCUGGAACCUGGUGACACAGGGUUGACAGCAUUCUAAUCGCCAUCUGAUCAUGAGAGACUCACACUGCCAAAAGCAACUAAAGCCAUGCUAGAUACCUGGCGUGUUAUUUCAAGGCCUCUCGAGUUGAAUUCCGUUCCUUCAGAUACGUGUUACAAGUUACUGUGAAGAUCGUUGAGAAGAGGAAGCUGAUGCGAAACCGACACCGUUCUUCUUGGCUUGCGUUGGCGUCGUGCUAACAGCCAUGUCAAUGACUUGAUGCAAAUUUAAAUAAACUUUUUUUCUUUCUGA